AUGGGGCUGCCUCGCAGAGUGGGGGACCAGGCGGAGCGGCGCCAGAGCCAGAAGCCGCAGCUGGAGAGGCGGCGGCGCGCGCGCAUCAACGCCAGCCUGGGACAACUCGGGGGGCUCCUCCUGCCGCUGCUGGGCAGGCGGGACUCGGGCCACCGAAAGCUGGAGAAGGCGGAAAUCCUGGAAAUGACCGUGAGGUUCCUGCGGGGGCUACCCGUGUCCCCCACAAGUCCUGAGCCAGAGUCCGAGGCCACCGACAACUAUGACCAGGGCUACCGCGCUUGCCUGGCACGCCUGGCACGCCUGCUGCCCGCCUGUCCGGUCCUGGACCCCGCUGCGAGAGCGUGCCUGCUGGAACAUCUGCGAUGGAGAGCAGCCCGUGCCAUCCCCGAUGGCGUGCGCGCUGUUGGGAAGCCCUGUCAUGCGCCUGUGCCCUACCCGCCCCAGCUCGCCUCUGUGCCACCCCAGCCACCGCUCCAGCCCAGCUUCUGGCGGCCCUGGUAA